AGUUAGUUUCUGAAUUUAGGAAAAAUUCAAAAGGCAAAUAUGAAGAGUUAGUAUUGUCACAAAUUUUUACAGAUGCAAUAUGGAAAGCAAUGCAAAGUCAUAUCAGUUUAUAUCGUUUAGCAUUAGAAGAACUUACAAAGGCUUCUAAAGAUUGGACAGAAAAUUUUCGAGCAUUUGCAGAUAUAUCAAACUUGGAAAAGCUUAUAAAACCGGAAAAAUUGCAAGGCAUACUUAAGGAUGUUAUUCAAAAUGGUCACGUAAAUUUGAAAGCUAUUGACAAUGCUACUUUGGCUUCUCUUUUGAAGAUUGGAAUUUUCAAUGAAAAUGGAUUACAUCUAUCUUUUAGUUGUUCAGUUGCAGAACAAUUCUAUUGUAGAAAAUACAUCAAGACUUUUGUCUAUCCCAAUUUCAUCACCUCAAAUGGAUCAAUAAGGGAUAACACAAUUUCAAG